GAAAUCGGCCGUUAAGUUCUUACUUUGGUCCUAUUUGACACCCUCAAACCACUGAUAUCAGUGAUUUCAAAUUAUGUGAAUAUGUCUCGUGUGGCUGUUGAUCUAGAACAUGGAACACUGGUUGAGUGCAAAUACCGCUAUCCAGACGCGGUUCUCGACGACAUAAGGAAGGUUACAGGUGUUUACCCUGAUCUACACUUGUAUGUGGAUUUCUACUAUUAUCGCAACAAUGACAGAAAGAAGCUGGUUAAUCUGGGAGGCACUAUUGCUGUUUGUUAUGAGGGUCACACAUAUAAUAUUCCUGUUUGCCUCUGGAUCCAUGAGACUCAUCCUCAUAGUCCCCCCAGGUGUUAUGUUCGCCCCUCUGCCUCGAUGAUCAUCAACACCAAAAGCAGCUGUGUUGAUGCAUCUGGUCAAGUGCUUCUUCACUGUCUCACUAACUGGAAGAUUGGGUGGUCCAACUUAUUAAUUGUCCUUGAAGAGAUGAGGGCUGCUUUUCAACGGGAAACUCCUCUUUUCGCUACUUUGCCAACCAGAAGUCGGACACCUGCUCUACAACAGCACCCUCAUGUAGGGACACAGGGGGAAACAUCCUAUGGCAGCUGGCCCCACCCCAGUAAUGUGCAUCAGAAGUUCAACACUAAGCCAAGAAUGUCGUCAACGUCGCUUACUCAUCCUGCCAGCAACACUCUACCCAAGAGUUCAAAGGUUAGCCAGCCUCACGACAGCAGUGGAGAGGUUAGUGGGGUGAGGCGUUCAUACACACAGGAGCUCCUGGACUUGGGUAUAACGUUCGAGGGGCCAGCUGUCCAGACUAACCACCCAACAAACCCUUUCAUCACAAACGCUUCUGCCCCGAACACCAGCCCUUCAGACCAAGACGACUUAGAUAACUUGUUCAAGAGUCUUCAGCUGGAAAAGGUUGUGAACAUGUAUCAGCUUGGUAACAAAGAUAAGGAUAUGUCUUACACCUGGAGGCAGAAGCAGGCGUUUGGUGAAGAUCCUUGCAUCCCCUCAGGUUUGGUGGAUGAUAGACACAGACUGGUUGUGAACCAUCUUCCGCAGGGAGUCUGUCCCAAAAGGAUGAAGAAUAAGCUUACUAUUUACUUCCAGCGCAGACAGAACGAAGGAGGUGAGAUUCUGGAUGUGAAGUAUCCGGCUGCUCAGCCAGACCAAGCCUGCAUCACUUUCCGGGACCCCCGAGUUGCAGCACAGGUUUUAAAAGAACCACAAAGGGUCAUCACCAUAAACGACAGGCAGUUCCCCAUCCAGCUGAAAAAAUUUGAAGGUUCUCAGAUUGCGAUACCAGAUGGGAUCCAGGGAGAGAAAGCGUACAUGUUCAGGAGCCUGAUGAGUCUGGAGGGGCGCAGUUUUAGUCCAGCGGAGGUUCUGGAGGCGGUCCAGGCGUGCCGUGACCUGCCCUCUGCCCUCAAAUUCCUUUGCCAUGAGUGCCCCAUAUGCCAGGAGCAGGUGUCCUUCAGCAAGAUGAUCACGAUGACACACUGUUCCUGCGCUUUCUGCGAGCAGUGCUUUAAGACCUAUUUCUCCUCCGUCAUUAAAGAGAAGAGCAUUGUUUUUGCUGUGUGUCCCAUCUGUAACCAACCAGACAUACGUGGAGCAGGACGCAUGGAGGAAUCUAUGGAUUACUUUAACCUGCUCGACACACAGAUCAAACACUAUUUGGAACCCCAAACCCAUGAGCUGUUCCAGAGGAAACUGAGAGACCAGGCGCUUCAGGAAAUGCCCAACUUCCGCUGGUGUGCCCAUUGUAGUUUUGGAAUGCUCCAUGAAGUAAACAGACUGAGGAUGGACUGCCCUAGCUGUAGGAAAAGCACAUGCUCUCAGUGCAAGAGUGCUUGGGCUCCUCAACACGAGAGUCUCUCCUGUGAGAAAUUCAAGGAGUGGCAACUUCUUAACAAUCCAGAAUACCAGAAUACACAACUCGAGCAUUUUCUCAGCAGGAACAAAAUAGACUGUCCGAAAUGCAAGUUCCGGUUCUACCUCGCCAAAGGCGGUUGCCUGCACUUCAGAUGCACAGAGUGUCAGCAUGAAUUCUGUGGUGGUUGCAGUCGGCCUUUUAAAAUGGGUUCUGGAUGUGAUUUCUCAGCGGACUGUGGAGCAAAGGGGUUACAUGCCCACCACCCCAGGGACUGUCUGUACCACCUCAGAGACUGGAAUGUUCCUAGACUACAGAGGUUGCUUCAGCAUCAUAACGUUGUCCAUCCGUUCCUGCUCAGACAGACGAAAAGUGCAGCUGGAGACUUGAGAGGUGUAUGUGCAGUGAUGGAGCUCAAGGAGACAGGAGACGUGAAGGAGGAGCCGUGUGGUCGACAAGCUUAUGUGGAGUACAGCGGAUACUGCCAAUUGCAUUUUAAGGAGUGUUUGGUGGAGCUAAUAAACCAGAAGGGGCUGGACCCCGUCGUUCUUUAUGAUGGUCCAGAGAUUAGGGCUGAAUUACAGCGAUGGAAGUUACCAAUCCCAGAGAAACAUCCACAAGAAUCUGAGCAAGUCUACCUCCAUAGACUUAGACAGAUCUUGACUGAGAGGGUUGGUCUGAGGGGUGAAAUUUGUCCAGAGAGGAAGAGACCAGGCCCUCCUCCCUCUACCCUCAGUACCCGCGCAGCACCUGCAUGGUACUCGGCUCUGAAUAUUUCAGCAAGGGCCCCAUCUGAAGACACCCAGUUACUGAUGUUGUUCAAUGAAUAACAUCACACCACGUUACAAGAGCAACAGAACUGAACUCAAGAUGGUCACAAACUCCUUCUCAGUUCAGUUGAACCAGUUCACGAGUAGGAAUCAGCAAACUGACGUCUGUUGUGUCACUAACCACACUGUAUGGGUUUGACAAAGGACAUCUUUUGUCCUGAGUUUGUGUAAGCUCUGAGAGUUUGUCCUUAUGUACUCAUGUACAGUGUUCGUUUUCAUUCAACGUGUCCAUUAACUGUGGCUUAACACUGAGACACUAAUAAUGUGUGGGUUUUUGCUGUUUAUAUUGUACAUAUGAGGAGUAUAUGCAAAGCACUUGUUUUUCAAGGCACUGAUGUAAAGCACUCCCAAUGCCACAACCUCAACACAUUUUAAUUACUAAUGAUUGUGACUUGUGAUACUACUCCAUUCCACUAAAUGUCUCUAAGGAUUUUUUUUUUCCUUUUGGUGAAAUAUGAUUUUAAAUCAAUUGUGAUUUGUUUGAUGCUUGAAACCUGAAAAGAGUACUAAUCUUAAAGUUAAAGAACAAGAAAUAUUUUAUUUUGACUUUAAUUCUGUAUAUGAUGCAGUUAACUGAG